AAGGAAACAAAUCCCAAAUCAUUUGGUAUUUUGAGUAAAUUUAAUUUACAAUAAAAUCUCUUGCUCUUCUUCUACUCCAUCUGGGUUUUACUCAAUCUCUCCGCCAAUUCCAAAUCCCUAGAUUUUGCUCGAAUCAUGCAGGACUCCUCCAGACCCGUCACUGGGUAUCCGUACCCGAACCCGUACCCGAAUCCGCCGCCACCAUCCGCCACCGUCAACGGCUAUCCUCCGCCGCUCGCCGACGCCUACCGUUACCACUACCCGCCACCGCAGACUAACCCACGCGCCGCCCUCUACCGCCGUCUCUUCAUAAUUUUCAUGGCGGUCCUCCUCGUAUUGGGUUUUGCCCUCUUCAUCUUCUUCCUCGUCGCUCGACCCCGCUUGCCCGAUGUCAACAUCAACUCUGUCUCCGUCUCCAGAUUCAUCGUCUCCAACAGUACGAUCUCGGGGGAGUGGGAUGUCCAGUUCCAGUUCCGAAACCCUAAUUCGAGGAUGUCACUGUACUACGAUGACGUCGACAGUGGCGUGUUCUACCGCAGAUCGUUGCUGUCGGAGUCGCACCUCCCGCCGUUCGAUCAGGGAACGAAGGAUCAGACGGCAAUCAACGCCACGCUGUCGACCGUUUCGAAUUACUUGGAGGGUAGACUGUUGGAUUCGAUGGGCAGGGAGAGGGCGGCGCAUGGGGUCGUGGCGUUCGACCUGCAGCUUACCUCCAUCGUCGGAUUCAGAUACGGAGCAAUCCGACGGAGGAGAUUCGUCACGGUAGUCUGCAUAGGUGUGGCGGUGAACUUAAGGGCGAACAGUACCACCGGGACGAUGAUCAACCCGGGGAAGGAGUGCGUCGUCUACUGAAGUGAGCGAGUUUCCGAGUUCGAUUCUUUUGUUGCCUUUUAGUUCAUAGGAUAGGAUACUCACUAGGGCUAUGCAAUUUCGGAUUAAAGACAAGACUUGACAGUUUCUUCGAUUUGGGUUUCUUACCAUGUGACAAUGAAGCCCUUAUGUUUUGGAUCUGGAAAAUAAAAAUCGGUGGGUAGGUUUAGGGAGAAUCAGAUUUUUCCGUGUAAUUUCAUUUCAUAUGAAGUGAUGCCGAUGCCAUCAUCAUCAUCAUCAUCAUCAUCAUCAUCCAUGUUUUUAUGUAUCUACAACUGGGCAUUGUGAUUUGACACAAUUUUUUUUGGGUUA